GACACAAUAGAAAGCAUUAGGGAGGUAAAAAGUGUGAUUUAAGCGAUCCCCUGUGAGCAUCGGUCGUAUCAGAGGGGGGAAAAAAGCACUGUCGUCCUUGCACAGAGCUAGUGCCGGGUAUAUAAAAGCUGGCAGAGUGAACGAGCGCAGAUGUUAGUGGCUUCUGAAAUCCAGCGAUAUCGUCGCGAGUGCCGUCAAGGGAUGCCAUUUAAAGUGUCAGUGUGACCGAUCUCUGGCGACGAUGACCUCCUGUAAAAUUGUGCCACGAUCGCUGAUACUCUGGCUAGUGAUUGUCGGCAGCACGUGUCGCUGCACCGGCGAAAAGUUGUCGCCGGAUCAAAAAGCGCCUCCGUUUGCUCGCGGUUCCGGUGGAUUGAACCUGAACACGCCAUUCGAGGACAAUAAAGCCAGGAAUCGUCCAAUCUCGGGCGGGAAUCCUCAGGUGGACGACGUGCAGAAAGAAGAAACGGAAAUGCUGAAAGAGGUGGACGGUGAGCUAGUGAGAACCGUAAAAGGAAGCUUCUCUUACAAAAGUCCCGAAGGUCUUCCCAUCUCCGUCAAGUACGAAGCCGAUGAGAACGGAAAUAGAGCCAGCUUCAAGUUCGGUAGUGGUGGUGGAACUGGUAACGGUUUGCCGCCCUCCGGUCGCCCCUCUGGACCGAGAGGAGGAGGAGGAGGAGGAGGAGGUGGAGAUCCAGGCGGUCGUGGCGGUCAAACUGAUAAAGAUUCAAAAGGAUCGAAAAGUAGCUCGUAUUUACCGCCAAAUGGCGUCGAUAGAAGCUACCUACCGCCGCAAUAAGGCCACCGCGAUUUCUUC